CAUGCCCAGGCUGUUGGGCGUUUUGUAACAGGAAAGGAGUAUUGCUGCCUGGUUUCCAUUCGACCUGCCGCGAGGAUCUCAGCAGCACAUAUCAUUGUCACCGGGCCGUUUUGAGAGCGAGCAGAAGCCAGAAUGAAAAAGGGGACGGAGGACCCCAUGGAUGAAAGAUUGGAGGAGGAUGAGCGAGCGAUCCUUCGCUACGAGGAGCACAUCACGGGGCUGCUGGUCACCGUCGCCCACCUCCAUGGCAAAAUUGAACGGCUGCAGGAGAAAAAGGCCAGGGAGGAUGAUGAGUGUUCUGACCUGUGUUCCGAAUACACAGCAAGUCUCCCCCGAUGCCCUCUGCAGUUCCCAAACCUGGCAAUGGUGCUGCCUCCUCCGAAGGUCCAUCCUGACAAAGGCAAUGGCGAUCUGUUUCUGGACGUACAUAAGGCCGUCACGUCCCUUGAGAACACCGUCUUCUCCCAUCGGAGCCGCAUCCCCAGCACUGAUGCUGAGCUGGAGGGCUAUGCUCAGGUGGCCGAGGGCCUGGAAGAAAGUCUGAGGAAAUUCCAAGGAGGUGACAAAGAUCCAUUGCCCAAGCUGGAUCUGGAACUCAAGGCAUCUGAAGAGGGGUUCCUGGUUGAUGGGAUGAGCAUACACGAGAGAGAAAUUGCCCUAUUUGAAGAAAGGAACAUGGCCCUCCGAGCAGAGCUGGAAGGCAGGAAUGAGGAACUAGCUAGAUCGAAAGCCACCCUCUGUGCUUACCAGGAAGAAAGGGAUAAGCUUCAGCGAAAGGUCAAACAGCUUCACAGUGCCCUCUCUAAGAUGGAGACACCUCUGCACGGAUCCACCAGCCCAGUCAGCGAGAAAGCGUUGUGGGGAUUUCAGGAUCCACUGUUGGCAGCCCAAAGCUUUGUCUGCUGUUUCCAAGGUGCCCCCGGCGCCCACCCUGGCUGCUGCCUUUACCCCCAGCACAGCCCACCCUCUGCGGAGACCCCCACAAAAGGCAUGGAAGACCACAGGCAGCAACUCCGUGGAUCCAUCGAGAAGCUCCGAGGCCUCAACCAACUCCUCUCGGCGACACUGCAGGAGUCCAAGAGCGAUACGGAACGUGUCAGCUUGCUGCUGGGACGCCGGGAGUCUGAUAACACCGCCCUGCGCUUGGCCGUGCAAUAUAGCGAACGCUGCUUAGAGGCCUAUGAGAGGCUCUUUUCCUUGGCCAGAGUGAAACUGCAUCCCAGAGCAGAGGCAGCAGAGGCGGGAGAUCUAUCCCACGCAGGAAGCCCUUUGGAGAUGAAAUUAGUGGUGAUGAAUGAAGCGUAUCAGUUCUUGCAAAGUCGCAGCGUGGAUGUUGAAGGCCCCGGACUUACCCUCUCGGAGCAGAGGGCCCCUGAGCUGUGGGGUUCAGCGGACGAAAGGAAGGUUUUGCGGGAAUACAUCAGGAGUCUGAGGGCAGAGCAGGCCUCCCUGAAGCUCCCUGCCGCCAGCUGGCCACCGCCUGGGCCCGACUCUCCCGCAGCCAGGAUCAAUGCUCGGAUCGACACCAAGGUGGCUGAGGUUCAGCGGGCCACACGGGACGCUCUUCCCUCCAAGGCUGCUCAACCCAAGAUGGACAAGGCGCGCUUGCUGCACGAAUUGGAGGCUGCUAGGGAGGCCUUGGGUGACCUGAACACCCGGAUGCACCUGGCAGAGAAGGAGAAACAAGGCCUCGAGCUGCAGAUGUACACUUACCGGGCUCAAGAGGCCGCAUGCCUGCUGAUGGCCCAGAUCCUGCAGGCAGAGCGUGACGAGCUUCGGGGGCAGCAAAUCGCAUCAUCUGGCGGCAGCAACAGCAGCAGUGGAGAGAGCUCCUCAGAGGAGUCCAUGCCCAGAAGGACCCUUUCCAGCUCAUCUGAGGAUAUAGCAGAGGAGCAGCCCAGCGCAGAGCCCAGGAUGGAAGCCUCCCAACUUCUGGAGACGCUGACUAGCGUAAACUGCAAGAACAAGGAACUCGAAGAUCGGAUCCAUUCCCUUCUUCUUGAGCUGGAGGAGGGAAGCCAAGAGAGUAGAGCUCAGGAGGUCCAACAGGUGGCGCUCACGCGGGACUUCUUCAAGGCGCACAGCGCCUUGGUCUUCGCCUACCGGAACGCCCGCAAGAAACAGGAGGCCCAACUGCAUCAGCUAGAGACCCAAAUUGGUCUGAUGGGUCAACGCCAGACCAGGCAGCUGCAGUCGCUGAUGCAAGCCCUCCGGCGGCUAGAGGUCAGAACAGACGGCCCGGCCCCCACCUAGGGCGAGCCUUGUUGCGUGAGGGGGGGAACACCCUGUCCUGUCUGGAGGAGGGAAGAGGGGAAGAUUGCAGCCCCCAGUUCCACCUGAUGAUGAACGUGCAUCAUGUUUCCUACUGUUCAAGAAACCAUCAGACUUUUGUGCACAGACACUUGAUGUAUUUAUAGCAGGGGGGGCUUCAGGCCGGGGAGGCGGCCCUCCAGACCUCUCGGUCAGGCCCUUGGAACUCACCUCAAGCCAAUCCCCCUCUGAUCCAGCUGCUGCAAGGCUAUUUUGAUAUUCUGAUUGCCCUCGGGAUGUCGCUGAACUCUCCUUUUCCAUCACCCCUGACCAUUGGCUGUGCUCUCUGGUGGGGGAUCAUGGGAGCUUCAGAGUUAGCAAAUUGCUGCAGAGAUGGAGAGAAAUGAACGUAAAAUUUGAAAAAAAUGAGAAACCGAGGGAGCCCAAAUGGACAGAUCUUUCCAUCCCUAGUGCGCACACAGUUCAGUCACCACACCUCGGCAGUGAACAGAAACCUAGAUCUCUGCUUGUUCAAGUAAUGCUCUCCCAAUCCUGUUUAAAACACAGGCACACAAAGUGAGUGAAUUGCUGGAAACUCACGUUUAGAAGGCAGGACAAAAAACACGUUUAGAAGGCAGGACAAAAAACACGUUUAGAAGGCAGCACAAGAAACUCACAUUUAGAAGGCAGCACAAAAACUGCACAUUUAGAAGGCAGCGUAAAAAACUCACGUUUAGAAGGCAGCACUGAAAACUCACGUUUAAAAGGCAGCGCAAAAACUUCACAUUUAGAAGGCAGCGUAAAAAACUCAUGUUUAGAAGGCAGCGCAAAAACCUCAAGUUUAGAAGGCAGCGCAAAAACCUCAAGUUUAGAAGGCAGCGCAAAAAACUCAAGUUUAGAAGGCAGCACAAAAAACUCAAGUUUAGAAGGCAGCGCAAAAAAAUUCACAUUUAGAAGGCGCCACAACAGGCUUUAGUUGUAUGCUUGCUCACACACAGAACACAGCGGCCGUUUACUUACUUCUGAAUAAGAUGAAGAGGACUGCGUUAGCAACCAGCAGCGCUUGGAAAGUUCAUGUUUAAAAAGGAACAAAGCAAUUCCGUUCAAAUGCACUUUUAAUUCAUGAUCAUUUCUGCCUGCCACACAAAAGGCGUGAGAGUGCGCCCCCCCCCCAGUGCCAACUCGAAACCGUGCAAAGAACUCAAGUGAAGAGUAAACAAAAAAGACAAACGUGGGCAACAAUUUUUAAAAAAUUAAA